AUGCGACCCGCUUUCCAAGCUCGGUCCCAGCUCAUACUUCGAGGUUCACGAAAUGUUUCGACCCUGCCAGGAAAUCCUCACAUUUAUGUCUUCAAGCACCCAAACGAGCUCAAUAAAUCCCUUCUCUCCCUGCUACCCACUGACCCACCAACACCCGCUCUCGCAAUCGGCACUGCAUCCGCUCUUCCACCAACACCAGACACCUUCACUGAAAACCACAAAUUCCUCGGCGUCCUCCAAUCUGUAUUCCACUCCUACGCUGCCCAUGAUCCUGAAGUAAAACAUCAAGCCGCUGUAUUCGCCUCUCCCAGUGGCUUCCACCUCGGUGGUGCGAGCGGAGAAGGCGCUGGUGGGGCAAUCCAGCAAGGUGGAAUGGGAGGCGCAAAUAGGGGAGGCUGGAUACACGUUAGUGAUUCUAGGAAUCCGCCAGACUGGGGUCGAAUCGCUUGGCCAGAGGAUAUUUUUGGGAGUUUGGAGGUUGAUGGGGAGGGGAGAUUUGUUGCGGAUGGCGGGAACUAUCAGGCUAGUGGCACUUAUCGAAUUGUGACAAGAGAGGGAAUUCUUGGGAUACCUCCGUUUCUCCGCGAGAAGCUGGUUCAACGCCUUAGAGAGCUGGAGGGUCAGAUGAAAAAUAAGUAG